AUGGCUGUCUCUCCUUUAAACACAAAAGCCUAUUAUCAUGCUCGCUCUAUCAGCUUGCCCUCUAGACCACACCCUCUCAUUCCUGAAUUUGAUGAGCAUCUGUGCAGAUUAAGAGCUUCUGAAGCCACCUCUUCAUCAUCAAUAAGCCACAAAUUUAGUGGCCUUAAAGAUCUACAUGAUUGUGUAGAUAAUUUGCUUCUGCUGCCAUUCACUCAACAAUCCUUAGCUCAAUACCACCAUGAGCAAUGGAUUGAUGAGCUAUUGGAUGGAUCUCUCAGGCUUUUGGACUUAUGUGACACUGCUAAGGAUGCCUUGUUGCAGACAAGGGAAGGUGCAAAUGAACUUCAAUCAAGUAUGCGCAGAAGGCGAGGAAGUGAAAAUGGGAUCUCAAGUGAGAUUGGGAAAUAUUUAACUUCUAGGAAGAAGGUAAAGAAGGCAAUCCACAAGGCCUUAAGGAAUCUGAAGGGCAUGGGGAACAAGUGCAGCUUCUCUGCCUUGAAUAGAGAUCCUGAGACCCUCUCCACAGUCAGGAUGUUAAGAGAGGUGGAAACAGUCACUCUCACAGUGAUUGAAGCUCUGUUGUCCUCAAUAGCUGGGUUAACAGCACAAUCAAAGCGAAGUAGCUGGUCUUUAGUCUCAAAAUUGAUGCAACACAAGCGAGUGGCAUGCGAGGAAGCAGAAGCUGAUCUUAGUGAGUUUGAGAAGGUGGAUACUGCAUUGUGCACCCUCCUUGGCCACAAGAACAAAUCAGUUAAUGUAAUGCAUGUUGAUAAUGUGCAUAAUGAGGUAGCAAAGCUGGAAUUGAGCAUUCAAGAUCUUGAAGAAGGGAUAGAGUUCCUAUCAAGGCAUUUAAUCAAAACCAGGGUGUCUCUCCUCAACAUCCUCAGCCACUAG